AUGGACACGAGUCCUCUGGGAGGAUUAGAACUGUCUGAACAUCCUCCUGGUCUACUAGGGAAUACAGCCAUGGCAGCGGGUCUUGCAAAUGUAGGAAAUACAUUUGGAGGUCCACCAGGUUCUUUAGUUUCUAGACCUAAUAAGUUCCAAAACUCAGCUGUAGAAGAUGACGAUGAUGUAGUUUUUAUUGAACCUCUACAACCUCCACAAAAUUCUACAUCAUUGAUAGCAGAUCAAAGGAACACUGCAUUUACAUCUUCAAAAAAUGAAGAACUUCAAGGGAAUGAUUGCAAAAUGCUUCCUCCUCCAAAAGACUUAAAUUCUCAAAAGGGGAAUAUAAGUGAAACUAUUAUUAUUGAUGAUGAAGAAGACAUUGAAACAAAUCAAGAACAAGAGAAGAAUGCUUCCAGUUUUAAUGAACGAAGACUUCCAGAAUGUAAAAAUAGAACCAGCGAUAUGGAAUUCUCAGCUUCCAGUUUUUCAAGAAGUAAGGUAAAUUCAGGAAUAGGUAAUAGUGGUAUAACCACAGAACCAGACUCUGAAAUUCAGAUUGCUAAUGUUACUACAUUAGAAACAGGUGCUAUGAGCUCUGUGAGUGGUCAUUUAGAAAACACUGAAGGGCGUGACAUGAACUUAAUGAUUACACAUGUAACAUCACUGCAGAAUGCCAGCUUGGGAGAUGUAUCUAACGGACUGCAGUCAAGUAAUUUUGGUGUUAAUAUGCAAACAUACACCCCAUCUUUGACUUCACAGACCAAGACUGGAGUAGGACCUUUCAAUCCUGGUAGAAUGAAUGUGGCUGGAGAUGUAUUUCAAAACGGAGAAUCUGUGACUCAUCAUAAUCCGGAUUCUUGGAUAUCCCAGUCAGCUUCCUUCCCUAGGAAUCAGAAGCAACCAGGUGUGGAUUCCUUGUCACCUGUAGCAUCACUUCCUAAGCAGAUUUUCCAGCCUUCUGCCCAGCAGCAGCCUUCUAAACAGGUUAAAGUCACAUGUGCAAACUGCAAAAAGCCUUUGCAGAAGGGACAGACUGCGUAUCAGCGAAAAGGAUCAGCUCACCUUUUCUGUUCUACUACCUGCCUUUCAUCAUUCUCACACAAACCUGCUCCAAAGAAACUUUGUGUUAUGUGCAGAAAAGAUAUAACAACAAUGAAAGGUACCAUUGUUGCUCAAGUUGAUUCAAGUGAGUCUUUCCAGGAGUUUUGCAGUACAUCGUGUUUAUCCUUCUAUGAAGAUAAACAGAAUCCCUCAAAAGGAGUUUUGAAUAAAUCAAGAUGCACUAUCUGUGGUAAACUAACUGAGAUUCGUCAUGAAGUUAGCUUUAAAAAUAUGACUCAUAAGCUGUGCAGUGACCAUUGCUUCAAUAGAUACAGGAUGGCAAAUGGUUUAAUAAUGAAUUGCUGUGAGCAUUGUGGGGAGUAUUUGCCCAGUAAAGGAGCUGGAAACAAUGUUCUCACUAUUGAUGGUCAGCAGAAAAGGUUCUGCUGUCAGAACUGCGUUGGUGAAUACAAGCAGGUAAUUAUUUCUUUACCUAUAAAUUGAAAUUAAACAUUAAUACUCCUUAAAUAGAUCCUGUU